AUGGUACAUUUUGUUGGUAGAACUAGAAAUGAAUCCAACUUUGAUAAUAGUACAACCAACAACAACAACAACAACAACCAAGACGACAUCAAUAGUAAUAACACAAUAAAAAGCGACUAUAAACAACAACAACAACAACAACAACAACAACAACAACAACAACAAAAACAUAUUAAAGAGAUUUCUUUAGAGAUUCAUCAACCAAUUCUUAAAGCGCCAUCUCUUGAUAACAACAACAUGUAUAACAACUCUAAUAAUAAUAAUAGUAGUACUAGAAGAUAUACUAGUAUAUUUAAUCAAAACUCUUCGUCUGCAACAGAGUCUGAUGAUACAACAAUUCAUCUUUUGAGAGAAGAGUUACAAGAAGAAACAGAAAUAGACACUAAAAAUGAUGAUGAUGAGGAACAAAAUAGUAUAUUGGUUAGUAGGACAAACAACCACAACAGUGGUACAGAAUUUACUAUACCAGAAUCCUCAAUUUCAUCCACCUCAACUCCAUCCAAUAAUAAUAAUAAUAAUAAUAGUAAUAAUAUAUAUGUAACAUUAGCGUUUCUCACUUGUAUGAUCAUUAUCUUUACGUUGAUAUUUUAUUUCUCUAAAAACCUUAUAUCAUUUUUGGAGAUGGUUAAAGACUUGGGAUUUAUUGGUAAUUUAAUAUUUGUAUCAUCUUUUAUUCCGACUGGAAUACCACUUGCCCUAUUCAGUAUAUAUAUUCCUUUGACACUCUCUAGCGGUUUUGUCUAUGGAUUUGUCAAAGGUUUAUUGGUCACUACGAUUGGAAGUGCAUUAUCGGCAUCAUUUGGUUUUUGGAUAACACGAAAGGUUGGAAUGAAAUGGCUAGAAUCUAAGAUUGAGUCAAGUCCAAAACUUUCAUCUCUAAGAUCAAUGGUUGAACAUCACCCAGCCAAAAUUAUAAUAUUUAUUCGUUUGAUUCCUGUACUUCCGUAUGGAAUUCAAAAUGGUUUAUGUGCGGUAGGUAUCAUGGAAAUAUUUAUAUUCUAA